UUUGUUUGGGUUUUAGGAGUAUUCCUUAUUUAAUAUCGAAAGCGCCGACAUAAUCAAAGAAUACUAAGCAUCGAGUAAUUAUAAACGCUUACAUUGUAGUUGGUUCCGAUCUAUCGAUUCCUCUCAUUUGGGCGUUUGAAAUUAGACACCGUUGGCUUUGAGGCCCCUCUUUCCAUGCGGAGGGAUACGUUGUUGCUACCAACAAUGUGGAUGGAGGUGGUUAAGAUGUCUACUAGAAGAAUGAAAUCGCUACAAUUGUAACAACAAAAAGGAAGUCGUGAGUCUGGCAACUGGAGACUGUUUAUAGUCGAACAGGUUACACUGUUUUAGCACGCGGAUUGCUUAUCGAAGGAAGGUCGUGGAGCAAUAGAAGACUUCUUGCAGCGCUUCCCAAUGUUUUUCGGACGCAGAGGUUGAAAUUCUCCCCAAGUUUUAUGUGUUUUUCCUGCGAGAUUCAGCCUUUCUUUUUCUCUGUUGGAUGUCAGACGAUUGAAAAAGAAAGGGUUUUGUAAGCACAGAGGGGCAUGAACGAGCAGCAGCAGAGAAUGGCUGCAGUGGAAACAGACAAGGAACUCAGCGACCUCCUGGAUUUCAGUGCGAUGUUCGCACCUCCAGUAGCCAACGGAAAGAACAGACCAAUCACACUUGCAAGCAGCCAGUUCAGCGGCUCAGGUAUAGACGAGCGCAACAGUUCUGGUUCCUGGGGCCCUGGAGAACAGAGUCCUUCCUUCAACCAGGGCCGGGACUAUGGCGAUGGCUCCCACUACAGUGAGCAUGACGGGCUCUCCUCCCCCUUCCUCAGCUCAGGGAUUGCCGGAAAGAAUGAAAGGGUACCAUACAGCUCCUUUGGGGGACAGCCGGGGUUCCUCCCCAGUGACAUAGCCAUGCCCAGCCCAGAUGCCAUGUCCCCCUCUGGCCUGAAGUCCGGCUCGCAGUUCUACCAGAACUACCCCAACAACCUCCGCAGACGGCCCUCCGACAGCAACCUGGACACCCAGCCCAAGAAGAUGCGGAAACCCCCAGGCCUACCUUCCUCGGUGUACGCCUCCACAUCAGGAGAGGAGUACAGCCGAGAUGGAGCAGUGUACCCCGGUUCCUUCUACAUGCAAGAGGGCCUCCACCCUUCACCCGACCUGUGGGCUUCCUCGGGAGGGCUGGGCCAGCCCGGCUACUCGGCCAUGCUGGGGGGCAACUCAGCCCACAUUGGACAGUCAGGCUCGUUCACCGCCAUCAACCCCCAGGACAGAAUGAAGCGCCAGCCGCUCCCGCUGUCUCCGCAGAACUACCCUCUCCACGGCACUGACGUCAACGGCAGCAUGCCCUCAAGCUUCCACUCCAGCUCCGCCGCCGGCUUCAGCCACUCGGCCUCCAACAACGGCCCCGACAGCAUCAUGGCCAAUCGAACCGCACCGACAAACAGCUCAGGGGAUGAGAUCGGGAAAGCUCUUGCCUCGAUUUACCCGUCAGACCACAACAGCAACAACUUCCCUUCAACGCCUUCCACCCCUGUAGGCUCUCCACAAGGCAUCGCAGGUGCGUCCCAGUGGCCAAGACCCAGUGGCCAGACUGCCCUGUCACCAAACUAUGAAGGAGGAGGAGGAGGACUUCAUGCCUUGCAGAACAAAAUGGAGGACCGCCUGGACGAGGCCAUCCACGUGCUGCGCAGCCACGCUGUGGGCCAGGGCCCGGGGGGUGCAGGGGGUCACGCGGACAUGCACAGCGCCCUCAGCGCUCUGCACAACGGGGCCCUCGGCGCCCUCGCACAGACCUUCUCUAACGCCGCGCUGGGGCUCGCUAACCGCCACGCUGCCAUGGCUGGAGGACACCAUGAGGAGCCCAGCGGCCUGCCUCCCAGCAGCUCCUUGCUGCACGGCCACCACCCCCCGGGAACUACGCAGCCCGCAGGACCACCAGAGGGCUUCACCAGUCUACCAGCGGGUAUAGGGCGCUCCUCAACCUCCUCCAACAGCUCCGACAUCAAGAGGGAGGACAAGGAGGAUGAUGAGAACUCCUCCAUAGCCGACAAGUCUGAGGACGAGAAGAAGGAGAGCAAAGCAACUCGUAAUAGAAUAAGUGAUGUGCUUUUCAGAAAGGAGGCGUUUACCCUCCAGAUGCUGUCAAGUAUUUCAGAUCUGGGAGAUGAGGAUCCUAAAGAUGACGACGAGGACGACCCGGACCUGCCGCCGGAGGUGAAGCUGGAGCGGGAGAAGGAGCGGCGGGUGGCCAACAACGCCCGCGAGCGGCUGCGCGUGCGCGACAUCAACGAGGCCUUCAAGGAGCUGGGCCGCAUGUGCCAGCUACAUUUAAACAACGAUAAACCUCAAACCAAACUGCUCAUACUCCACCAGGCCGUCAAUGUCAUCCUCAACUUGGAGCAGCAAGUUAGGGGUAAGACAAAGCGCAACCUGAACCCCAAAGCCGCGUGCCUGAAGCGUCGGGAGGAGGAGAAGGUAUCUGGGGUGGUGGGCGAGACGCCCAUGCAGCUCUCAGGGGCACACCCCGGGCUGGGCGGCGACGGACAUAACCCUGUAGGCCACAUGUAGAACUCAGAUCUGAUGGAAUUUCCAUGGCUCUCAGAAGAUGUGGCCUUUCUCUAUUCUUCCAUCAGUCCCACCAUUACGUGUGUGUGGGUGUGGGUGUUUGUGUGGAUGCAUGUGUGUAGAGAUAUUGGGGGGGUGAAUGUGCGUUGCCCUCGCAAUGUACCAGUUGCACGUUCACACAUACACACGCACACGCGCGCACACACACACUGACACAUUUUGUCUGCACACUCCUAAAACUGCCAAAACUGACACAGCCUAUUUGCCACACUCGUGACCAUCAGUACCAGCGCAAAUGUGAAGAACAUUUCUCUUGUUAUACUCAUUUCGUUUCUUUAUUUUGUAUGCUCAAGUUGUUCGGCUUACAUAUUAGGAUGGAGCACUGGAGUACUUGUCCUUUUUCUGCAAAGGACAAUAUUUUCACUGCCGAAAGGUACUCUGAAUGAGAGGACACCUAACAAACGAGACAAAAAAGUCAAAAAUGUAAUCAAGGAUUUGUGCCUACUUGUUAUGUUUUAUAUAUUAUGAGACAUUGAAGCAAAUUGCUUUCAUGCGUGGAACAAAUUUUGUUUAGCGAUUGCUCGUGUGAUGAGCAAGUUUAUGUAGUGCGUCAUUCCCAACCUGAAGGUACAGUCUUACACACACACACACACACACAUACACACACACAUGCACACACACCUCUAGAGGCCAAAAGCAUGUGACACGAGAGGGGACCUCAGCUGUGUGUUGGGCUGCGACAUACUCCAAGCUAUCAUAGGUGGCUUAGUUAGGGUCAAGCGAAAGGCUAGCCAGCACAGGGAUGAGGAUAACAGAUCUCAUGGCUUGUUCUCAAUCUGUCUACAGCACACAUUUGGAAGAUUGUGGUUUCCAACAAAAAUAUACUACUUAUCAGAAUACAAAACAGUCUGACUGAUUUCGGUGAUUUUUUUUUCGAACAAGCUUCGCCCAACUUCCCCUCCACAAAUCAGCACAGACACACGGAGAGUAGACUGAGAUGGCCGUGUUGAGUUGUCACUGCAUCAGUACUGUACGAUUCUGUCAGCCCAUCAUGCUUGUACACCCGCCCUCUCCCUCGACUUAAUCGAUGCUCGGUAGAUGACUGCACAGGACUCUGUGCUUGGCAUCGGGUCAAGUGAAGUCAGUCAUAUUGGGCUUGUUUGUUGUUUGUCUGCCUUCUCGUAGACUGCCAUCUGUAGGUGAAUUUGCCUUUUUUUGGCCGUCUUGCCCUUCCACUCUCAUCCUCCUCUCUCUUCAUCUUCAUCAACUCUCUCUCUCUCUCCCCCCGUCUCUCUCCCUCUCCUGUUUUACUCUGUUUUGUAUGAGUUGAGAUUUCCUGCCUGAUGGGGUUGGUUUGUGUAGAUGUUUGGCUAGCGAUUGAUGUCAGGUCCAAACGCUGUACCUGAUUGAUCAACAUUGCUCUUUGUGUACCUGAUUCAAUAGUCUCCUUAUUUUUGUCACUAGUUUUUCCCCCCCGGAUUUUUUUUACAGGAAGUAGGGACAGGUGCAGGACAUUUUCACUGUUUCCCUUGCUCUUGUGUACUUGCAAACUCCUGAAUGAAUUGGAAAGUUUUUUUUUAAACAAAGGAAUAUGUUCCAUUGCCAAUGCAUUGCUUUCCCCCUGGGAUUAGUUAACUCAAGUCCACAUAAUACAUACUGAAACCUAUGGAUGUUGGCUUAACAUCCAGUAAGCAAAAUUGAAUAUAUAGGCCUAUAUGAAAUGUAUAAGAAAAGUAUAUUUUUGUUAGAUUAUACAUUGUAGAUUUUUACAAAUAUGACAAUAUUACUUUGAAUGAAGAAUAUAUCAUUAAGGCAAGGAAGAAGAGUGUAUCACAAAGAAAAGUAAAUGACAUACCCGAAAGGCUGCGAAUCAAAUCAAGUCAGUCAGUCAGUCACUUGGUCAUCUUUUCUUGACGAGGGAGAAAGGGAGAGACGUAGUAGUUAAAGCAAGCACACUGGCUCAACCACAGUAACAGGGUUGUUCCCAUUUCAAAGGAAAUGGCCAAAACUGUCCAAGGGAGCCUCGCAAAGAACUAAAACGGCAACAUUUUGUCGACUUACGAGUCGCGUGUCAGAUUCUCUUUGAUUAAGGGAAAUGCUGAGACAAAAAGCAGUGCCACAGUCUGAAACUCUAUCCAUCGGAGAUCAAAGUGUUCUUAUGUAAGGGUGGUGUAGCUACACAAAGGCAAUGCUUGCCCUGUGGACUUAGCCUUGCUCAUACAAUUAUGCAACUGGUUUUGUGAAUGUACCAUUUAAAUAUAGAUUGCCCUUGUUUGCUUCAGUUUUCUUUUUUUAUUUUAAUUUAUUUUGUAGGUUGUUGUAGUUUUGUCUGCAGCAUUCCCGAGGAGAUAACAAAACCGAAGUGCAACUUCGGUAGAUUAGGUGGUACAACAGUGUUAUCUGUGGCAGUUGUUAUGCUCCCUACAUAAUAUACGACAGACUUCUGCUUCAGUCUGUGUUGCAAACAGAACAUAUCACAUCACCAUUGUGGUUUUCUUCUUUUGUUGUUGUUCUUUGAGGUGGGAAGGGAGGGGGAAGAGGGAAAUCUUUCAAUAUUAAAGAGUGGCCUUUUCAUUCUCUAGACCAAACUGGUCGUAUUUGCAGAGUGAAGACUUAUCAGUGCCUGAACUUAAAAACAAUUUUUCAUUUGUAAAACAUGUCCUCCCUCUUUUUGUAACAGCAGAACAUUGUAUGUGGUGCUGAGAAGAGAGGUACAUCCCAUCUAUUUGUUUCCCCCUCAUUUUUUCUCGCUUUUGGGGGAAAAUAUGAAAUGGAAUGAUUUUCAGUGUAUCUAUGAAAACAUUUAACAUGUGUAAAUGUCUUUUUAGUUUGGUAUGAUCUUUUACCUAUGUCAAUACUGUGGGGAAUUUUUUUGUCAAGUUCAGUUUCCUUUUUUUCUUUUUAUUUUCUAAAAACCCACUUAUUUCUUUAUCCCCAUUUUGCUUUCUUCGUUUUUCUACUUUUGUCAUUUCUAUGCCUCUUGCUACCGCUGGGCUUCAGAACUCAGUCGUCUCAGUGUUUAGCUCUGUGUUCUGUGAAGCACCUCAACAUUAAACUUUGAUGGUAGAAGGGGCAUCUUUCUUUCUUUUUUUAAAUCAUCUGAACUGGAGCUCACUUAUACUGUCAGCAAAAAUUCCUCCUUUUGACUCCAUAGAAUAGGCUUCUGAAUUUGCAAUGUUUUUUGUUUUUUGCUUUCCUUGUUUGAAAUAUCCUUUCUGAUGUCUGCUUUUACACUGUCCAACAUUUUCAGCAUCUAAGUCUGAGCUCUGAGUGGCGAUAAUAGUAUCCCGAUUGUAUGCGGCAAUGUUUUCUUUUGCAUCUUACUCAAAAAGAUUCAUUCUUUUUCUAAGUUGAUACAUGCUUAGGGUGAUUUGCAGAUUAUUUGCCCCGAUAAAUGGACUGAAUCAUAUUCACGUUGAGUUGAAUGAUUUACAUGCACGACGUGUAAGUAUGCCAAGUCUCUGGGCUGAAGUGAGAGCGUGUGAUCUCACGGUCUCCAUCGCAGUACAGAUGUCACUGUCACAACAAGGCAUCUUACACCUGCAGUACGGACAUGAACAAUACUGCUGUCGGGUCUUCAGAGUGCCUCCAGUUUAGGUCUUUUUUUUUUGUUAUCGUUUUGUUUUAUAUAUAAAUAUAUAUAUAAAGUAGGUAUUGAGAACUGUCGUGUAUAUAACAGUAAUGUAGCAAUAAAUGUGCCAUUUUUAAUGACAGAAAUAUACCUUUUUUUCAAUGUCCGGCUUUGAAUCUUGUAUACUUCAAAAAAGAAUAAAAUCAAUUGAAACAUUGUAAUAAAAGGUU